UUCAUCCUGUGGCUUUGCAUCAUGGAGGGUAGCAGUCAAUCCAGCAGUCAACAGCUUCUGUGGAAAGAUGUUGAGGCUGGAAAAGAGAAGAAGGCGAAGUACCAAACCUACCAGCGAAUUGCUCUGAUUCUCGCUCUGGUCUUCCUGGUUUUGGCUCUCUGUGUUUUCAGCCUGAGAUAUCUGUGGGGCCCCAGCCUGGGGAAGGUGUAUGACCACGAGUACAAAGCUGUGGUGGAUGGCGUGGAGACAGACAGUACAAUGGAGAUAGACCCAGUUCACCGCGUUGAAAUCUUUAAGAUGGGAAACGGGAGUGAGGAGAUUCUCGAGGUCCACGACUUCAAAAAUGGAAUCACUGGGAUCCGGUUUGCUGAACAUCAGAGGUGCUACAUCAGGGCCCAAACUAAGAAACUACCCGCAGUGGCAGAGGUGGAGACUGAAGACACGGAGUUGCUGCAGGUGGAUGAGACUGGGGCCAUGGAUAUGAAGGUGGACGACUCCCAAGUGUGGGUUCCUGCUGAGGAGCCCAUCGUUAACCCGGACUUCCUCCUUGACUCCAAGAUCUGGGAGAUUUGCCAGCAGCUGCCCAUCCACUGGAUCCAUCCUUCCCCCCUGAGCGAUGCUGAGGUUGUAAAUGUGGAUACACCCGAUGCCGAGGUCACAGGUCAGCGUUUUGCCCGCGACGUCCUGGACCACCUUCCCGUAAAUGACUAUAGAGAUGUUGGAAUCGAGCUGGAUAACCGUCUGGAUGAGCGCGGCUACUGCUGCCAGUACUGUCGCCGUGGUUACCGCUUCUGCCGCCGCUACUACGAGCCCCUGGGUGGCUUCAACCCCUGGCCAUACUACUACCAAGGAGGCCGGGUCAUCUGUCAAAUUGUCAUGCCGUGCAACUGGUGGAUCGCCCGCAUGCUCGGGAGGAUCUGAGGCGCUGAGCGUGCUGUCUGGUUUUGAAUCUGUUUACGUUGUAGGUGCAAAUUUUUCCUUUUGAUAAAUAUUCAAGACCACUCGUGACACCAAAGCAGUCUAUUGCAGGCAACUAUUAGGUAGCACUUCUAGUCAGUGUGAGUCAGUGUAAACAGUCUAAAUGGUGUUUGAAGCAUUUUGAUUCUUUCUUAAAAAGCAUUGGUUGUUUACAGGUGUCUAGUUUUCUCUCCUUGUUAUUUGAUCCUGUUCAAUGAACGCAUUUAGU